AUGACUGCUGUUAGCUCCUUAUGCAUUAAUGUAAUAGGUGGAAGCUCAGGAGUCGCAAUUCUUUUAGUUGCAGAAAUUAUUUUUUAUAUUUUUGGGUUAUAUUACAGAUUUAAGUCUCCACCCUUCCCAGAAGAAAUCUGGAAUAUCAGAACAUUCACAACUCUUUCAUUAUCUUUGCUUUUUUACGUUACAAAUUCAUCAAAUUAUUUUUUGCCACAAUUAACAUCGUAUUCAAUGAAUCUUGCCUAUUUUGGCGGACUUACAAUCAUUCUGAUUGAACACAAGCUAUCAGGAUCAGUCAUUGGGAAGAGAUUUCGAACAACAAUUUCAAAUAAGACUUAUAGCGAAAGCAUUGAUGAUUUUGAGCCAAGACCGAAGCGACCAUUCCUUAAAUUAGAACUUCAGGAUUGGGUUUUCAUCGGAUUCUUUAUUUUUUCCAUAGUUUCUAUGACAGUAUUUAAUGCGAUUGCCGCGCAAAGGAUGCCGAUCACUAAUUCUCUUCCAGAUAUCAUCCAUGAGCGAUUCCAAUGCGGAGAGCGCAUCAGAGGAAGUCCAGAUUUCAAGAAGACACAAUUCUCAAAUUUACUUUGCGCACUUUUGAUUCCAGCCUUGGUUGUCCUCGCAUACAGUGUCCCAGAGGUCACUAACAACAGAAAGGUUUUUAUUCUGUACGCAAUAAUGUGCUGGGCCCGUGGAAUGGCUUUUACGGUCACUUCACUUCCUGCUCCAUGUUCUGGCCUAUCAAAUUGUCCUUGCGCGGAUCCGAAAUCCAUUGCAUACAUCAAUACGUUCAAUCCGUUGAUGGUUGCCGUGAUUUGGGUUUUUGGGCUGGGAAUGUUCGCUCCUAUUCCACAAUGUGGCGAUCUUAUUGUGUCCGGACAUACUAUGUUCAUGGUAUUGACCUUUAAAUGGUUCGUGGAAGUCUCUAGAAGAAUUGUCAGAAAAUCUACUGUAAGAAUUGUCCAAUUUCACUGCGCUUUCACGUUUUUCUUAGCUAUUUCUUAUAUCAUAUUGGCUAGGAACCAUUAUACAGUCGAUGUAUUCUUCGGAUGGCUCAUUUCGGAGACAUUUUACGAAUUAUACGCAUAUUUGGAGAAAAAGGCCGUUUUUACAAGUAACAAGAGCUUGCUUGUUAGAUUUGUUAGAUGGUUUGAGAUUAGAGAGCUUCCUAUUUAUAGGAAAAACUUCGAAGAUGAUGAUAUUGAACCUAUAGAGCUAUUUAUGUAUUAA